GCGGAGCGGAGCUGCGUCCGUCCGCCGCUUCUCACCACUUUUCCGCAGGUUCUUCGUUCCUCGGGUUCCCGGGCGGAGCAGGGAUGACGGCUCUGAGCAGCUGGGAGCUGUGCGUCAAGUACGCGCUCUUCAUCUUCAACUUCGUCUUCUGGCUGGCGGGUACUGCAGUGCUGGCCGUGGGAUUGUGGCUGCGGUUCGAUUCCCGGACGGUGGGACUGUUUGAAGGGCAGGACUCGCCUUCUGUCUUCUUCACCGGUGUGUACAUCCUGAUUGCAGCCGGAGCUCUGAUGAUGGUGGUGGGCUUCCUGGGCUGCUGCGGCGCCAUCAAGGAGUCGCCGUGCAUGCUGGGACUGUUCUUCCUCUUCUUGCUCCUCAUCUUCGCCGUGGAAGUGGCUGCUGGGAUCUGGGGCCUGUCCAACAGGGACCGGGUGGUGGAGGACGUCACUGAGUUCUACAAGCAGACUUACGCCAACUACAAGGACACCAGACAGGAAGCUCUGAAGGAGACUCUUCGACUCAUCCACUUUGGGUUGGACUGCUGUGGUCCUACGGGGACGGUGAUCGACGCCGCCAGAGACAUCUGUCCCAAGCAGGAAGGGCUGGAGGCGCUCAUCACCACGAGCUGCCCCGCCGCCAUCGACGAGAUGUUCAACAACAAGCUGCACAUCCUGGGCGGCGUUGGGAUCGGCAUCGGGGCCAUCAUGAUCUUCGGGAUGAUCUUCAGCAUGAUGCUCUGCUGUGCCAUUAAGAGGUCCAGGGACUUUGUGUGAAGCCUGGCGUUGACCUUUAACCUGCAGCUUUAGACUUGACGGCGCGGUCCCCGCCCGCUCGGAUCCACGCUGGACGGCCCGGCCGGCCUGUGAGAGCGUGACUUUCUCCGAGCGGUUCCUCCACCUAACCUGUCCCCCGGGCUCCACCCCCUGCAGACGGUUCCCCCUGAAGAGAACUCCACUCACAAGCUUCCUCCUCCGUCCGGCCCCAAGCUUCCCCGUCUGAAACCCCACUGUGCCCCGAGCUGCAGGACACGGGAGACCCUGACCCUGGCCCCUGACCCUCUGACACUGACCCCUGACCCACUGACCCUGACCCCCUGACUCUGACCCUGACCCUGACCAUGACCCCCUGACUCUGACCCUGACCCCCUGACUCUGACCCC